ACACACAGAGCAGGCAUUCAUUCUGAGGCUGCGUGAGAGCGCGAGGGGGCUGGGGAGCGAGCGUCAAUUUGGAACCUCACGGAUUCUCGUGCUGAAAGCAGCGACCUCCUUUUCAUAUCACUGAAGUCCUUUCUGUUGGAUCUGUGGGGCAAACGGAGCAGAGGCUGAAGGGGGCAGAGAGACCGGGUGAGUUUGGCUCUGACCGCUUUCCAUUAGCAGGUAAACUGGGGUCCAACGUGCGCACUGAGCCGCCUAUGAUACCAACCACACGGAUGGAAAGAACUUUGAUGUGGAAUCCUCACAGAGUUUUGCAGCGGAGGCUGAGAGUAGAGACAGACUGGCAGUUUAUAUUAUAACUUACAGAAGGAAGCCAGAGAGACAGAGCAACAGCUGCCACUCACUGUAGGUUAGAAACUCACACUAACAGCAGGCCGACAGGUAGAGCUGAGCGUUUAGGAGCAGGAAGUCAGAGGUUCUGUGGAGGAAGAUGUCCAGAGAGGAGCGCAGCUUCUCAGAGGUGGAGUCCGACGACAGCCGGUCCCUGUCACCGGGUCAGUCCUCCGGCGCCGUGGGCGGGGGCGACUCCCCCCUUCCCGGGCAGCAGCCACAGCUGGCGGCGCUGCACGACGACGCGUCCGCGGGCUGCUCGUCCCUGAGAUCCGAAGACGAGGACGAGCGCUUCCCCGCGGGCAUCCGCGAGGCGGUGAGUCAGGUGCUCAACUGCUACGACUGGACCAUCGUGCCCGUGCCCGUGCGCGUGAACGCGGGCAGCAAGAGCAAGUCACACGUGAAGAGGCCGAUGAACGCCUUCAUGGUGUGGGCUCAGGCUGCCCGGAGGAAGCUGGCGGAUCAGUACCCCCACCUUCACAACGCCGAGCUCAGCAAGACCCUGGGGAAGCUGUGGAGGCUUCUCAACGAGAGCGACAAACGACCCUUUAUCGAAGAGGCAGAGCGGCUGAGGAAGCAGCACAAGAAGGACUACCCAGACUACAAAUACCAGCCGCGGCGCCGCAAAAACGGAAAGCCCGGUUCCAGUUCAGGAAGUGAGGGCGACGGCCAUUUGGAGGGUGAGGUCAGCCACAACCAGUCCCACUACAAACGUGUCCACCUGGAAGUGGUCCACGGUGGGGGAGCCGGGUCCCCUCUGGCAGAUGAGCACCACCCUCAUACUGCAGGUCAGAGCCACAGUCCUCCCACGCCACCCACCACUCCUAAAACCGAGUCUCAGUCUGGGAAGUCAGGGGAAGGUAAGAGGGAGGGUGUUGGGAAUGGGGCGCCCCGUGGAACACUGGGAGCAGAAGGAGGCUCAGGUGCUGCUGGAUCUGGAAAACCUCAUAUUGACUUUGGUAACAUGGACAUCGGCGAGAUGAGCCAUGAGGUGAUGGUCAACAUGGAGCCUUUUGAUGUCAACGAGUUUGACCAGUACCUCCCUGCGAAUGGGCACCCAGGAGUCGGGCAGAUAGGAGGGGCAGGAGGCGCUGCGACUGCCUCGCCGUAUGCCUUUGGCAUCUCGUCAGCUCUAGCGGCAGCCGGUGGACACUCAGCGGCCUGGCUCGCCAAGCAGCAGCAGCAGCCAAAUCACGGUUCCCCCAUGGGCUCAGACCCUUCCAAGGCGCAGAUCAAGAGCGAGACCGGGGGUGCAGGGGGUCACUUUGCAGAAGCAGCCUCAGCGGGUACUCAUGUCACCUACACCCCCCUCAGCUUGCCUCACUACAGCUCUGCCUUCCCCUCAUUGGCCUCGAGGGCCCAGUUUGCAGAAUACGCUGAGCACCACUCCUCAGGGUCGUACUACGGCCACUCAGGCCAGGCCUCGGGGUUGUAUUCAGCCUUCUCUUACACGGGGCCCUCCCAGAGGCCCCUCUACACCGCCAUCACUGACCCCAAUGUGUCGCAGUCGCACAGUCCCACUCACUGGGAGCAGCCCGUCUACACCACUCUGUCGCGGCCAUGACAGACACCGAGACUGGAGGGCACCGGUGCAGGUUCGGCCCCAGAGUCAGACCAGAGGAGGAGCUGCAGUCACGGCAGCGCUGUUGGAGGAAACUGCCACCAGGGUGGUUUGGUCUGGGGCGAUUGGGCAGGCACCGGAGGCGUCAGCUGGGGAGACAGGAGGGGCACAACCUUCUUCUGAGCUCGCCCAGAUUUGGAAAUGCUGUCACGGCCCGAGGUUGAGCGUCGAGCGAGGCGCUUUAUGGGCUGCUUGAUUUAUUGGUGAUGCAAAGACGCAACCAACACCACAGCAACACAGCUUUCUGACACUAAACAACCGCCUUCAGGGCGGUGAGGGGGUCACGAUCCCUGCAGUCUGAAGGCUUAAAAAUCUUCCACAGGCCAACAGAGAGGUCAGCAGCAACACAUUGAGAUUUAAGCCACAAAACGCCAAACUAUUAGCUGGCUUUAGUCAGAAAUGACUUUAUUAAACAUAUUUUGGGAUUCCAAUAAAUCCUCACAUCAGUGUUUAAUCAUGUCACAAAUCGUUAAGCUGUGUUUAAUUAAAAUCUCUUUAAACAGACAAAAAUCAGGUUUUACACAAAAACUACUUCUAUGACUCAGUGGUACUGAGAUAAGCCAUGCAGUGUGCUUGAAGUUAUAAAUGUACUUACUGUAAAUACUUAUAUAUUAUAAGAUAUUUGCAAAAUAACCAAAAU